AUGGCCUCCGAAGAUAUUCCGCAAAAAGUGUCUCACGUCCAAUCAAAGACCAAGAGGAGGGAACCCAGCGACAAAACCUCUCAUCCCAAGGCGAAUACCGAGAAUCUCGCUCCAGAGCUUGGUGAUGAGAAUUCUAGAUCCACACUGGGAAUUUCUGAGCCGGUAAAGAAAAUCCCCGAACCUCUUGGAAGUGCGAGAACUUCUGGUGAACUUUCCGGACAGCUUCAUGACCAUCACGGCGUGACCAAAGUUGGUGACCUCAGCGAGGUUGAUUCCAACCCCAGCCCCGUCACCCCUGAACAUAAGAACGACACCGAUUCGCAAGUCGCUGUUGGCAAAUACCCUUACCAACCUCUUCAGUCCAACAAGCAUAUUAUUCGUGUGCUCUAUAUCGAGCCGCCCACAUCUUCCUCUUCUCAAGGUGGCCAAGUCAUCGCUGGCAGCGUCUUUCAAGUCGAGCUGAUGUCAGGUAACUCAUCUUCCUAUCCGUACAGCGCCCUCUCGUACGAAUGGGGCCUCCCCCCAAAAGAUGAGUCGAAUAGUCCGACGAUACUCCUAGGCGGCCACACCGUCCGUGUCCGCGAAAACCUUUACAACGCACUCAGAAGGAUUCGGGACGUCCAACUAAAAAUCAAUAGCAACACUGACUCGCCUCUCCUGCUCUGGGUGGACGCCGUGUGUAUCAACCAGGAUGAUGACGUGGAAAAGGGCCACCAGGUACAGAUGAUGGGACAAAUCUACGCGACUGCCCAAAUGGUGUUUGUAUGGCUGGGGUCUGGGAGCGAGCAAACUCUUGCGGCUAUGAAUGCCAUCAACGCGGUGGGGAUGGAGAAUCUGAAGGAGUUGGAAGAUAACCUGAGAAAGAAUGGCGACCAUAUACUCGAUAUCGAUACGCUGUGUGAGAGCCUCGAGGACUCAGGCCAUAACCGACCCGAAGAUGAAUUUGAUAAGCUAUGGGUUGCAAAUCUGCCUACGGAGCAACAGGAAUGGGUUAAUAAGCUCCGCAACGUGUCAAGGGGCAUCGCUGAGUUCUGCGAGGCGUCGUACUGGCGGCGAGUGUGGAUUGUACAAGAGUUUGUGAUGGCAAGGGACUGCCUCCUUCUGUGCAAUGAUGCCUUUGUGACGAAAUAUGAGUUCGAGAAGGUGCUGGAUCUCAUGGCAGCCAUACGCAAGAUAAGGGGUCUGUACGAGGCAAUUCGGGUGUUGGGUGCGUGGUGGCCUUCGGAUGCUGGCGGUGUGCAUCUGGCGCUCGAAACUCCGGCACACGAUAUUCAGCGGUUAAAGGAAGCGAAAUUGAGAAAGAAAAAGACACCGCUUUCGGAGUGGUUGAACAUGUGUGCGGCGAAGAAGUUCAAAGCAACGGACCCGAGGGACUACGUCUAUGCAUUUUUGGAAAUUUCAGAUGACUGCUCCGGCAAGAUCAUACCGGAUUAUACGAAAUCAACGCUAGAAGUAUAUACUGGGACCAUGGAGUUUGCGAUGGAAAACGACCCAAGGCUAGAUAGGGGGUUUUCUCGGAGAAUUGGGGAAAUCAUGGUAGCACGGGAGUCGCGGAAAUUAGGAGAAUGA